GCUCCGGGUGACACUCGAAAGUCCCUGUGUUCUUUCUUCUCUGGCUUCUUGCACCAAUAACUCAGAAAUCAGAAUAGAUCUGAAGGCUGAACGCAUAUAGCACGGCGUAAUCGAAGUGAAGAUUCACAUACAGGUUCAACCGUCCGCUGAGCUCGGCCUUUCCGGAUUAAACGACACUCGGAUGGCACCAUUGAACGGUACAAAGCCCGCUUGGUCGCCAAAGGGUUUAGUCAGGAAGAAGGGAUCAAUUUCUUUGACACAUUCAGUCCCGUCAUCAAACCAACCACCAUUCGGUUAGUUCUCUCUGUUGCUCUAUCACAGGGUUGGCAAAUCAGGCAGCUGGACAUCAAUAAUGCUUUUCUAAAUGGAGAUUUGGCAGAGGAUGUUUAUAUGGAGCAACCAAAGGGCUUCGAAGAUCCUACUCGACCACAUCACGUAUGCAAAUUGCAUAAGGCCCUCUAUGGGCUAAAACAGGCCCCUCGUGCAUGGUUUAACAAACUCAAACAUCAUCUCAGUCUGCAUGGUUUUCGAGCCUGUCAAUCUGAUACAUCCUUGUUUGUUCAUUCUUCUAUUUCGGCCACUAUUUACAUCCUUGUGUAUGUUGACGAUCUCAUCAUUACAGGCAAUAAUCAUCAGCUUAUCCAGCAGUUCAUUAAUGAUCUGCAUCAUACUUUUGCUCUCAAGGAUCUUGGUCACCUUAAUUACUUUCUUGGUGUUCAAGUUACCAGGACAUCCACAGGCCUCACUCUUUCCCAGCAACGUUAUAUUCAUGAUAUUCUUAGCCGCACCAACAUGCUUGAUUCCAAAUGUGUUGCAACACCUGCUGAUCCUUCUAUCCAUCUUAACCUAUUUGGUGAAGCAUUCUCUGAUCCGAAGUUAUAUAGGCAGACUGUUGGAUCGCUUCAGUAUGCUACGAUCACUAGGCCUGAUAUUGCCUUUGCCGUAAAUAGAGUCUGUCAAUUCAUGCAUGCUCCAACUGUUCUUCAUUGGCAAGUUGUUAAACGGAUCCUGCGAUAUUUGAAUGGCACACUACAUCAUUCUCUUCAUUUUCAGUCAACUCAGGCUCUAUCUCUGUUAGCUUACUCGGAUGCAGGUUGGAUGUCAGACCACACUGACAGUCGCUCUCAGUAUGGUUUUGCUGUGUUCCAUGGCAACAAUUUGAUUAGUUGGACAUCCAGAAAGCAACGUGUGGUGGCUCGGUCGAGUACUGAAGCUGAAUAUCGUGCACUUGCUUACACCGCUGCCGAGCUCUUAUGGAUCCAACAACUGCUUCGUGAUCUGCAAGUGCGACUUCCACAACCUCCAAUCUUGCUCUGUGAUAAUGUUGGGGCUACUGUUAUGUGCAAAAAUCCAGUACUCAGCUCACGGUCAAAACAUAUUGCACUUGAUUUUCAUUUUGUCCGAGAACAAAUAGAAUCUGGUGCUCUGAAAAUCAGUCAUGUAUCUUCCGUUGAUCAACUUGCAGACAUCUUUACAAAACCAUUGAGGAAAGAUCGGAUUGCCCAGCUUCGUCACAAGCUUCAAGUCCGUCCUGUCCUUGAGCUUGCGGGGGGGUAAUAGCAGAUAUAUUUUUAAUAUUCAAUUAGUAACUGUUUGUCCUAGUCUUAAGGCAUUUCUUAGUUGGUUAUAGGAGUGCUGAUAGUGCCUUAUAUUGUGGAGUUAGUUACUGCAGCUCUUCACUUCUCAUUGUAUAUAUAUACACUUGUAAUCUAUUGAUGUAUAGAUAAGAAUACAGCUACGUUUCUUUACUUCUAUACUAGUAGUCUAGUACCAUACUUAUUUGUCAGUGCUGUUCUAUAUCCCGAGUUGAAUAGUUAAUUCUAUAUGUUUGCUAUUUAAACAGGCAGAGUAGAUUACUAUGGAACUAGGAGAUAAAGCUGUCGGGCUGCUUUUAACAAUAAGUAGCUUGUCAAUUUUCACUUACUAUACCUUCUGGGUUAUCAUCCUGCCCUUUGUCGACCGUGAUCAUUUUGUGCACAACUACUUUCUCCCACAAGAAUAUGCCAUUCUCAUUCCCGUGUUUGCUGGUGUGGCACUUCUCAGCUUCCUGAGCAUUUUUGUUGGAUAUGUGACUCUCAAGUCCCAGAAAAAGAAGAAGGCAUGAUGCAUUCUCUACACGAUACAAUAUUAGUUUUGUCAAAUUUGCAAUUAUCAUCUUUUCUUGAAUUACCCUAGCUUCCUUUUAAUGCCAGACACCCCAGAUCUGCUGUCUAUGUAGUUUGUAAAUGACAAAUGUGUAGCUCAACUGUUAGCAUUGACUGAAGAAGUAGAACUUGGGAACAUAACACCUUUAUUGGGUUUAUACUUUAUGUUUUUGCAUCAUUGGCAGUCAAUGAACUCUAUAUCAGAACUCAGAAGUUUUAAUUGCAUCCAGUAACUAACUAUAACAGUUUAAAC